AUGCCGCUUUCAGAGCUAAGAAAAAAAUGGCAAGGCCUUACCUUUGAUAUUGCCGCUGAAGAGAUGCGGCGCCUCUACAAAACGCCCACGAAUGAAGAAAAAUUACGACUCUAUUCCCUUUAUAAACAAGCUGUGCAUGGUGACAUCCCACCACUGGACGAGUACGUAAAACCCGGCUCGGGGUUUGAGAAGGAAAAGUAUGAGGCUUGGGAGGCGAUGAGAGGAAAGUCUGCCACUUCUUGCAAAGCAGAAUACGUGCAACUGGCCGAGGAGAUGAUCAAAAAGUACGAGCGGAACAUCGUGAGGAACAAGUGGAAUAGCGAUGUUUGGUCUGUGGAUUAU